AUGAAAACCCCACCCCAAAGGCGAAAACAACUCAGUGAAUCAGAAAAACAUCGUCUGAAGAAUGCAUCCAAUGAAAAAGAACCACAACAGCAACAACCGGUUGCACGGCGUCCACAAAGGGGUCGUCCACGUAAAAAACCUCUUCCGCAAAAUGAUCGCAAAAAUUCACCACCUCCCUCGACACCUAGCAAAAAGCGUCGUCGUGAAUUAGCCACAUCGGCGGGUCAAAAUAAAAUCCAAGCUGAAUCAUUUGUUAUGAAACUGUUCGAUCGUACUUUGGAUCUCUCAAAAUAUACCGAACAAACGGCUCUGUAUCCCAUUUGUAGGGCAUGGAUGGCCAAUCAACCACGUAAUCCAAAUAUACCAUGUUAUCGUGAAACCCGAUCACCAUCCCCAGCACAUCGUGAUGACAAUGGUCUAGAAUUGGUGACAAAAUUGCGAAAGGGUCAGAUUAGGGAGGUAACAAGUUUACCAAAACCCAAGGAAACAGAUUUACCAAAAAUCGCACCACAAUCGGAGCCGAAGAGAUAUGGUGCUGGAGAUGAUUUAAUAGCUGCCGAUGAUCCCAUAAAAUAUGCCAAUAAAAAUGAACUGCUAGGGGAACAUUUAAUGAAAUGGAAACGCAUUAAAAGCGAUUGGCAAAAACAUACCAAACGUUAUCAGCAGCGGAACAACAUCAAUUUCUAUAUAUUGCAGGAGUUGUUUAAACCUUAGUA